GCCACAUGCAGAGCCGGCUGCAGACGUUCGUGAGUCUCUUGUUUUACCGAUCUCGGCGUAUUAACUUUUUGAUAACUUUUUUAAGUUGAUUACUAUGAAAAAGCUAGAGAUGUUUCAAAUGGAACAAUAACGCAACCGUUUGUAAAGUCAAAUUUGAUUGGUCAAUACAAGUUGCAACAACAACUUUCAUUUCUUCCUAAAACUGUGUCACAGGGGUCUACUAUCACUUUGACUGUUCAAGUGUCUUCAAAAUAUACAUAUGAAAUUGAAAAAAUACCUAAUUAAAACGCCAGAGGCCAAAAUUUAACAGAAUAAUUGCAUGCGGUCUAAAAUGAAUCGUCCAAUGCGAGUUUCUCUCUUAUAUCGGGAACGAGAAAGACGGAUCAGAAAGAAACAAUAACAUUAUUCGAUUUGUAUCGCGUUUAGACCCUAUUUCAUCCCAAGAAAACGUGGAAAUGAUCAAAAGCAUCAAACUGUUUGUGAAUAUCGUAAUAUUGAUGCAUGAAAAUUCGAGGUAGGCGCACAUAACGGUAGGACUUCCAUUGUAUAUUACGAUUGCGUUGAUCACGUGAUCAAAUUUGGACAAAAAUGGCGGCUUCCGAAAGUUGAAACAUGGACACUAAAUCCGAUAUAGAGGGCUGCCGAUGUGCACAAGGGCCGCCUUUUUCAAGCAGCAGGGAACAUUAGAGCACCCGGAAUUAUCUUAAAGUGUGCAUUAUGUCCACUAGAGGAAGGCGCGGAAGAGGGCGACCUCCAAAGACGCCUUUGUCAUCUGUAAGGCCCAGAAGUAAUUUUUUGAGAAAGCCCAAAGCCUAUCAAAACCAUGGAACUCCAUCAAGUGACCCAAGUUCUCGGUCUAGUACGCCAGUCAGUACACCUGGUACUCCAGUGCGGGGGCAGGGGAGGGGUAGGUCCCGUGAGGCUGCUCAAAGAGGUAGACAUUUCAUUCAGCACAUGAUAUUUGAAGAUGAUGAUCAGUCGCGAUCCAGUAUUGACACAGAGGAGAAAGUAAGUGAUGUUCUUGAUGAUCUGGAUGAAAACGAUCCAGUUUCAGACGCUAGUUAUGAAGAAUCAGACUCGGACUGUAGUAAUGAUAGCUUCAGUACUAUAGGAAGCUCAGCUGGUAGGAGAAAAUUGUUUUUUGGUAGAAGACCUAGAACUCCUGAGCUGUUGGAUGACAAAGAUAUUGCACGAUUAAAACUGCCUCCAACAUCAACAGAUUUGAUGAUACCCAUUGAAAACCUUAUGCAAAGUCUAAGCAUCUAUGAAGUGCUUCGACAUUUCCGUACUAUACUCCGAUUAUCCCCAUUUUCCUUUGAGGACUUCUGUGCGGCAAUAAUGAGCGAUGAAGUUUCCUCUCUGCUGACAGAAAUUCAUAUAACAUUAUAUAAGGCAUUAUGGCGUGAAGAAGAUGGAAAUAAUACAGCAUUUGGCCCUUCAGAUAUGAAAGACAGCAUCAAUAUAUCAUUGUUCUUUGUGGAUGCUUUUACAUGGCCAGAGUCAAUUCGAGCGCUCCUUGACACGGAAAGUGACCGCUACCCAGAGUAUAAAGUGGCAAUAGAAUCACUUGAACAUCCAGAUUUCCCUUUCGUGCCUGUUGAAGAGAGACUUAAAGUUUUGAAGACUCUUACUGACCUGUUCUUGGUUACAAACAAUGUGAGAGAAGAAAUUAUGAAUGAAGGAAACAUCCAGUAUGAUGAUCAUUGCAGAAACUGUCAUAACAGACUUGGAGAUUUGCUCUGUUGUGAAACCUGCUCUGCUGUGUAUCACCUUACAUGUGUGGAACCUCCAAUGGAGGAGGUACCGGAGGAAGACUGGGUCUGUGGAGUUUGUCGAGCUCACAAGAUUAAAGGUGUAACAGAUUGUGUAUCUGAAGCAGAGAAAAGUGGUCUUUUAUGCAGACAGGAACCUAUUGGGUUUGACAGACAUGGAAGGAAAUACUGGUUUCUGGUGCGAAGGAUCGUAGUUGAGGGCGAGAAUGAGGUUUGGUACUACAGUACAAAAGGUCAGAUUGACGAGUUACUGGAGGUGCUAGACUCCGAAGGCUGGGAAAGGGAUCUGGUCAGCGCCAUUUACGAAUUCAAGGAAGAUGUUCUCAAACAGAUGGCUGUCACACAUGAACUCACUAUGUCUCACAAGGGUAACAGGAAGUCGGCUUUGGAGUUGGAAACUGCUGAAAUUGUCAAGACACAAGCAGAAAGAUCACUACGGAAGGCACAAGAAGAGACAGAAAGGAAGAUUAAGGAGGAGGAAGAGGACAAAAGGAAGAAAGAGGAAGAAGAAUCUGCAGAAAAAAGGAAUCUAGAAGGCAAAGAUUCGGGAGAACUUGAUGGCCCAAAAGAAAAUGGAACAUUGUGGGAGAAAGACGAAAUUAAAGAAGAGACUCAGCUAGGCAAUUUGGAAAAGACAGAUAUGGAUAUAUCUGAACUGAUCAAAACUGAGACUACUACAUCAGUCACAAGUAAUGUGACAACCUCGACCACUGUUUCUGACAAUGGCACUUCAACUUUGCAAAAGACCGAACUCCUGACCACAACGACAACCACCUCAACUCUGAUGAAGUCUAUCACAACCAUUUCAGAGUCUUCUGAAGUCGUUCCCAAAAUGGAGGAUGCAAAGGAAGAGAUGAUGGAUCAGGAUAUUAAAACGGAGGUGAAGGAGGAAAUAGUUGAAAAUAACAUUGAUGGCAGUGAAACGAACGUCGACGUAAAAUCGGAACAGUUGUCGGAUCUUCAAAACGAAAUAAAACAACCUGUAGACAUUAAAAAAAUAGACUUGAAAAACCUCACUCAAGUUAGUGUUAAUGACAAGCCCAAGUCCACCAUUAUGAACGUCCAGUCGGUUUGUCCAAAUGUGAAACAGACUGUCUUGAAAAUGAACGAUGACAGCAGUCCACAAAAACAGACUCGAACUGUUUUGAUUGUGAAUAGAGAUGGCAAUAAGGUUACGCUAGCCGUCAGUAAACAACCUCUCGAUGGCACGAAGGCUGAAACUACCACCAUCCAGCAAACUAGUACAACAACUACAGCAUCGGCCCUGGCAGAAGCCAGAAAAAUUGUUACAAGGUCUAAAACAGGUUCACUGACUCCAAAGCAGUUCACAGAUUCUAUAACGGGAACCACAUCAGUCAAAACUCUAUCCAAACUGUCCUCUUCUUCCUCUGACGAUCUUCUAGUCAUUAAUAAAGAUGGCGAUAUCACCCGGGUUACCAGGAGUAAGUCCGCCACCGUCACCAGUCUACAGCAUUUUAAGCUUGGCAUGGAAUGUAAUUUCAAGAAUUACGUGAACCAGUACGCCACCAACAACCUGGCUCUGAACAAGUACCAGCACAACGAGGAGCGCGACAAACGACGCUAUCUAUCUCAUAAGUUCAGUCUCACGCAGGCAAGUGAGUUCAAAUGGAACGGGGCAAACCAUGGCAAGAAGAGUGUGGUCAUCCAGACUUUGAUGCUGACCAUUAUACAACUCGAGUCCAGCAUCCCCAGCUCAUUUCUCCACCCAAAUUGGCCACUGCAUCGUCAGAGCUGGACCAACGCAGUACACAUGUGCCGCAAACCCAGUGACUUCUCGCUAGCCCUGUCCAUACUUGAAGCUUGCAUGAAGCCUGUGAUAUUUAACCCAGUAUGGUCAGAAGCUUUGGGACACUGUCGCCUACAGAAGAUAACGUCCCUAGACAGAGAGGAGAUGAAGAAACGAGAGAAGGAAAUCAGAAAAAGGAAGGAAGAGGAGGAUGAAGGGCGACCAUUGGUGUGGAUUAAAUACACUUUGGGGUUGAAGCAUCAGGUUUGGAAGCAGAGAGGAGAGGAGUACCGAGUGACGGGUGGUCAAGGAUGGCGAUGGCUCAGUACCACGAGAAAAUACCAGUUUGUACCUCAGGACACAGUUGGACUCAGGAAUGUUGCUCGUAAAAUCCAAGCUCGCAAACGCAAGGCAGCAGAUGCAACACCUAAGGCAGCAAAUGCAUCUCAAAAAACAGCGUCCUCACCCGUCAGUACAGACAAAACGGAGGGUGAGGAGGAGCAUAUGGAUGUGGACCAGGAAAUAACAGAACCUCCAAAGACCACAGAUUCAAAGGAAGAUUCGGCCAAAGAAGACCUUGAUUCCUCUAUGGACAAAGAAUCAGUGAAGUGUAAUAGUGAUGCUGGGGAUUGUCAUGCAGUGAAUUCUGUUGAUGCAGUGGACACAAACGAAGAAACUGGCGAAAGAGUUGAAGUGCCAGUGGUCAAAGACAGCUCCCCAGAGAGUGCUGAUAAUGGGGGCAGCAGUGACAAAAAUGUGACAAAUAAUAACGAAGGCCAGUGCUCUUCUGUCGGAGAUGACAAAAUGGAAGUUGACAUUGAAAGUGUAAGCCCCGUUAAGAAAUCUGUCAGUCAGACACCCGCACCUCUGAAAUCCGAUAACGUCGAGAAGAAAUUGGAUCUGUUUAAUUAUACUCUGCCUCCGAAAUUGGAUAUUCCACAGGUCGAUGUGUGCAGGGCUAUGAACGAGAGGACACACUAUCCGAAAGUGACUAAACCCUACGCUAAACUUGACCUGCUCCUUCAGCGACGGUUAAAACAGGAGGAGAUCGAAAACAAACAGAGACAAGCUUUACAGCAACAGAUCAACUGGAAGCUAAAGAGUCAGAACUCCCCGGAUGGAGACAAAAAGGAUGACUCAAAAGAUUCCAGUGAGGAAAAAGACACAGAAAGCAAGGAGGAUAAAUCGGAAGAUCCAUUAGAUUUGGACGAGGUCACUUUGCCCUGUUACUCCUACUCGUGUAGGGAGAAGGGUAAAGAGUUCUGUUUCUCACCGACCUGUCGAAAAGCUUUGUUGGAUGAAAGUGAAUUGAUCGACAUGGACAUAGCUGAGGAUGCGAUCGAGGCAGAGAAGGACAAGUCCAUUGCAGAAAUGAGCAUGGAGGACGAGGAUGUGGACAUAGAGGGAGACAAGGAGGAGAAAAUGGACAAAAAAGAAAAAUCUGAAGAGAAAGAUUCACUUGUCGAUGUGGAAAAGGAUGACGAAGGGACCAAUAAAAAUACCAACAGCAGCUCAUUUACAUCAAAAACACCAUCAGAUUCAUCUUCAUCGGCCACAGCUUCAGAAGCAUCUAAAACACCCACCACAACCUCGCCAGCCACUACGUCGGCUAUAUCUUCUGCACUCUCGGCAAUGAAGUCGCCAGCUAGUCGAGCUGCGGCUGUAGCGCAACUCCUGGCCAACCGUCCAGGCCUCAAGGCAUUCACACAGGCACAGCUCUUGUUGAAGCAAGCCAUCGAGAAAAUGAGUGUUCAAGAACUCAAAUCCAAAAUGCCACCAGCCAGGUCAACAAAAGAACCAAUUAAGUUAGUCAAGUAUGCAAAAUUUGGACAAAAACCGACAGCCAAGAAAAAAGCCUCCCUCCCCCCCUGUCACAAGUAUCUUACCCCAAGUAGGAAAAGGUCAGCACUUGUACUAGAGAAACAUGAUCUGCGAAAAAUGGCAAGAACAAAAGGACUCAUUGAAACCAAGCAAUUCAAUUACAAUUGCAAAAUGAAUAAUGUCAAUUGGAUUUAUCCCUGUCCUCGGCCUCUGUUCAGAACGUCAUGGCGGUACCGCACACAGACUGUCAAGUCCUUUGGUGGAGUUGGUCUCCAGUUGAGAAUUCUGUGGGCAUGCCUGCGAUGGGAUGAUCUGUCGAUCAAGCCACCUGCUGGAGGUACUAACACAGUGUCCACAGAGACUGAAAUUACAACAAAAGAGCUCCUCAAGCGACGGGACGUUGGCCGCGAUGGACUGAGAUCAGAGUUCCAGGUCAGAAAGAUUGUGGUGCCUCUUGGAUUGCCCAGUCAACCUAAAGAGAAGUACACGCCACAGAGAAGUGGGCUAAGAGAACGAAGGAGGGCAGAAUCUCCUAAACAGACCGAACCAAGCGUAACAGAAACAUGGACGCCAGAGGAGGAACUGGAACUCUGGGAGAUCAAACAGUUUGGAGAAAAGUUAGCGAAACAGAGGGCAGCAAUUCAAGAGAAGUCGAGCCAGGAUUCCGUGAAGACGACAGUGAAUGCCGUGCAGCUGAAGGCCCAGCUGGAGAUGCAGCUGAAACAGCAGAGACUUGCGCUGCAACAAAAGCGUAUGAUGGAGUCGCAGGGUUCCACGACCGCCACCACGACAUCUACUGUUACUGUCUCCGCAGUAGGUACCACCUCUCUUAUCUCCACAGUACAGAGCACCGCAGGUGGCACCAUCAUCAAGCCAGCCACCACCUCAAACUCAAUCCUUGGUGGCACCAGUAUACUCAAGACUGUUCAGGUCCAGCCUAAAACGAUCAUCGCAGGGAGCCAAGGAACACCUGGUCGCUCACUGGUGCGGUUCCAGAUCCCACGGUCAGCUGUGCAGCAAAUACAGUCAUCAAAUUCCUCAAACAUCACCCUAGCCCCGAAACCUGGACUUGUCGCUACGGCAGCCACUACAAACACAGUUACUUCCCCUGCUAGGGUGGUUGUGCCUGCCCCCGUCUCUACAGCCCAGUCACUGACUCCCAAAGUCCAACUUCGGCCCCAGGUGGUGGCUCAGGGUGUACCAGGUCAGGUGCAGAACCUACAGAUCAUACAGGGCCCCCAGGGGCAGCUACAAGUGCGGGGUCUCCUGCCAGGUCAACAGAUCAUCCGAUUACCUGACGGGCGUCUCCAGCUUCUGUCGAUGCCACAAACUCCACAAGUGGCUGCUGCCACUCCAACACCUACAGUCACCCCUGCCACCACUGUGGCCACCCCCACCUUGGUGCCACCCCGCACUCAGCUCGCCAUCCGCCCUCAGACCUCAAUCAUUGUAACCAAUGCUACAGGGGGCACACAGACAGCCACUACACCAGCCAGGAUCAUCAUUCCAUCGCAAAACCUUCCAACAGCAUUAGGAUCAUCGAGUCCUGGCAUUAGCCUCGUCUCAGCAGCCAAGGAGGGCGGACUUGUAGCCACAGUAGUCAAGGGCAGCAGUCCCCCGUCUAUCUCCCUGGCUGCACCCAAAGUCAUCGCCCCGGGGCUAGUCACAGGUUCUGCCACGAUGUCGGGAACUCAGGCUGUCACCAUGACAACAUCAUCCGCAGCCGGAGCUUUGGCAUCGGCCAUCAAAACCAUCACCCUACAGAAGCCAGUAUCAUCAACCACCAUCCCUUCACCCAUCACAGUGACCUCCUUACCACAAAUGGUGUCUGGUGGCCUGCCCAAGGUCAUCACUGCCACAAGAGCUGGCCUGCCUGGUCAGCUAAUUGUCCAGACGCCACGACCACCGGGUCAGCCACUACUGAUGGCACGGCCACAGGUACCUACGACUGUGUCCACUGCUCCGGUCACGUCUGUGUCGGCAGCUGCUGCCACCAAGUAUGCAGUCACGCCACAAGUUGUGCAGCAAGUGGUGCGUCAGGCUUUGAUGCAGAACCAGACACCGGAGAUCCAGGCCAAGCUGUUAGCCAUGCAGCGGCUGAUGACUCAGCCAAAAACUUCGAGUGCCAUAGCCGAGCUUGCCGACGCCAUUACCAUAUCUACGGCAAGCUCCGAAGCCGGGGUGGAAGGGGCCAAAUUUCCUAUCGCAGCAUUAAGUAAAACACAGACGCCCACAGUAGCGGUCGACUUGAACCGUCCACGGCAAUUCAAAACUACUGUAGUGGAGAAAGAAGAACAGAAUAGGCUCACCGUUUGUGGUCAGGUGCUUCGAAAUGUCAUUGAGAAAAUCGAGAAGAAGGAACGGGACGAUGGCCGGCGAAUGAAGAAGCAGGAAAUGGAGGAGGAGAAACAUAAAAGACUAAUGGUAGCCAAACUUCAGGGCACUUUAUUCAAACACAAGGAAGCUCUUAAGAAGGAGAUUCUUAAGAAGCGGUCGAUUAUGGAGAAAAACCUACAGCAAGAGAUUCAGGCGGAGGUGAACGAACAGUUGAAGAAGCGAAAGAAGAAGCCAGAUUCACCAGGGCGUCCGUUGGUGACAGUGACCAGUCAGAAGGCACCAUUACUCAACCAAGACCAAACCAUCAUGACGGAGGAACCGAAACGCAAGAAGCAGAAGAUUAUUUCCACAGGGGGAAGGGCAUUCAACCCCAAGGAGAAACUCUACUGUGUCUGUAAAUUACCCUACGACACCACAAAAUUUUACAUCGGCUGCGACCUGUGUUCCAACUGGUUCCACGGCGAUUGUGUGGGCAUAUCAGAGGGCCGAGCCAAGACCAUCGACACCUAUGUCUGUGGGGAGUGUAAGAAACAGAAAGAGACGGCCACGGAGGAGCUGUACUGUCUGUGUAGGACGCCGUACGACGAGGCUCAGUUCUACAUCGGAUGUGACCGGUGUCAAGACUGGUUCCACGGGCGAUGUGUUGGCGUGUCACAGGGUGAGGCGGACCACAUCGACACCUAUAUCUGUCCAAACUGUAUGCGUAAAGAGGAGGCCGAUCCGGUCAGCCAGAAAGAGCUCCUCGACCGUGACUAUGACACACUACGCAGGCUUGUUAAGAGUCUCCAGUCUCACAAGAUGGCCUGGCCAUUUCUGGAGGCAGUGGAUCGUAACGAAGUUCCAGAUUAUUAUCAUGUGGUCAAAGAUCCUAUGGAUUUGACGACAGUUGAGAAGCGACUCCAGAAGAAAAAGUAUCAUAGACUAAAAGACUUUGUUAAAGAUGUGACUAAGAUAUUUGAUAACUGCAGACUCUACAACCCAACGGACACACCAUUUUACCAGUGUGCGGAGGUGUUGGAAACGUUCUUUGUGCAGAAACUGAAAUCUGUGAAGGAGCGAAUAUGAUGUUCAU